CGUUGGGAGAGGUUUGGUUUUGGCUUCCUGUUCCAAAAGUAUUAACAUAAAAUAUAAUCUAUCCUCUAGCAUUAGAUAGUCCUCUUCUCCAAUGUUCUCCUUCAUCGAUCAAUCAUCUAUUUCGGUGACUUUUCGGUGAUUUUAAUGUAAUCUGUGGUGACGAAUUUUUUCCUUACAGAGAGGUUGUGGAAGUUGGACGUGGAGUGAAAGAUUUCAAAAUUGGUGAUAAAAAAGUGGCAUUUCUUUGUUUGAAAUGGCCAGGGUUUACGAUAGUGCUGCUACUGCUUGUAGAGUUUUUCGGAGGUUCCGAAACAUGAGGCAGCACGGGUCGAAGGAGCAGGUAGUGACUUCACAUUUGGUGGAUCGGAUGACAAAGUUGCGGCCUAGAGCUAUUCCGAACUCUUCCGUUGCGGAUAAUACAGUUCAGUUUGUAGUCCAUAGAGACCUUUUCGGGGAGUUUAAGGAUAUCCAGUCUUUCCACUCAAACUCGUGGGAUGACAUGGAGAAGGAUAUCCAGGAGCCUCUUGCAGAGCAGAUUUUUGAGAAGACUUCUAAGGGGGUGGUGGUUUUUGCCUGUGUUUGGGGUUGACUGCAGGAGCCUUAGCUAGGCUCUGAAGACUUCCCCUUCUGUGUUCGACCACUACUUUUAGAGGUACGCUAGACAGUAUGAUGUUGAGGCAGCCAAGUCACAGGCAGCCAUAGAGGGUAAGGUGUUCAUGGUUCAGAAGUUGGUUUUAGAGCUGAUCGAUGCUCACAAGGCGAUCGAGACGCCUCCUACUGCAGCUCCUGGUGGGAUUGAUUGAGUUUUCACAUAACAGGCUAUUCUACAGUGAAUCAUCAUCAUAAUUGGGUGUGCUCAACCUAGUUAUGUUUUUUAUUGACAAAGAUAUGAGUUGGGCUGUCUUUGUUUAUCAUUGAUCAUGUAGUUUUCCUUGUAUGGGGA